ACAAGUAAUUGAAGAUUGGAAAUCGAUUUAUUGCAAACAUUUACGAAAAAUGCAAAUUAUGUUUGAAAAAAUUUUAUGUGUAUUAUUGAAGAGUUUAGUACUGACAAAGGCAACUGUCACGUUUAUGCCGACAGAUUAUAACACUUCAAACAACCCUCAGAAAGAAAAUGUUGAUAUGUGUCCGUAUUUAAAUAUCACGCAGAAUAUUUCAAUGUUCGAGAAAAAUUAUCAUCGUAUAUUAAAUUUCAAAUCUGACCGAUGUCAUUCUGAUAGUACUGUGAGAAAUGAGCGAGAAGUCGAUGAAGUUACGCUUGCAAAUAUUUCUAUCAUCUCAGAAUCUAUCGAAAACAAUUUGAACAAGCCAACAUCUCUCAGAGCAUUUGUACAAUACGACAGUCAAUUCACAGAAAAAGUAAACGACAUUUUUGUGACAUUGAGAUGGAACCAACCUAACUUUUCCGAUGAAAUAAUACAAGGGUACACGGUGCAGUGUUUUUUCAUCGAGGAUUUAAAAGAGAUUCAAAUCUGUGAGGAUAAAAAUAUUACCACUACAGAAUUGGAGCACACGGUUCACAAUCUGAUCUUUAACACGACAUAUUAUUUUCGAGUACGUGCGCAUACUAAAAUUGUUGCUGGACCUUACACGGAUUUAAUUAAUGUGUCGACUACACAUGAAAAUCCAAUACCUAAAUUAUUACUCAUAACGUCUGGAGAUAUCCAAAUAUGGGACGUGGAUUUAAACAUCAUUACUAAUUUAGUAAUGACGUCACAAUCAGUAAGAAAAGCCGUUUAUUCGAUACAAGAACAUAGAAUUUAUUGGAGUAACAUGGAAGGAGACCUAAUGACAUUGAAGAUUAAUGAAAAUAAUAUCACAAAACUAGCUAGCUUUGAUGAUGAUAUACUCGUACAUGAUCUCUGCAUUGACUGGGUAGCAAGAAAUCUAUAUUUUACAUAUGAAGAGUAUGAUACAUCAGACUACUAUUACAUUGUAAAGUUCGACUUAACAAUGUGGGAAAAUGGCAUAAUUAAAUUUGAUCAGAUUUUCAAAUCAAGAAUUCCUAUUAACUAUUUAAAAGUAUCACCGUCUAUGGGAAUUUUAUAUCACAUAUCAUACAAUUGGAUGAGUGGAAGACAAGUAAUGAUGAAAUAUCAUCUCGAUGGAAAAAACGAGCAAAUUGUUAAGAAAAAUGCUUCCCUGUUUUAUUAUAUUAUAUAUCCUUUUACUAAUAUGAUAAUUGAUAACAUGAAUAAUGGAGAGUCGUUAAUUUACUGGUUAAAUGAUUGGAGUAUAAAUGUAACAGACAUUAAUAUUUCUAAGUUCAAUCAGAUUUUACACAAGGAAGACAUAAGUGAAGUCAUAAGUGAUAACAUCACAUUCCAAUAUAUGACGAUUGACAAAACAAACAUUUACAUUUUAACAUAUAAUUCUCAAUAUAAUUCAUAUACCUUGCUCGUUUUGAAAAAGAAAUAUGCAAGUCUCACCAAGAACGUCCCAUAUGCAUACAAAUAUGUUAUAAAGAUACCAAUAAGCUCAGAUAAAAAUGAGUUUUUUAAAAACACAUAUAUUUACGCUUUUGAUAAAUCUUCACAACCAUAUCCUCCAAUGAGAUGUCUGACAUUUGACGAAAAAGUUUAUAAUUUUGAGAAUGUGACUGCAACGACAAACAGCAUUAUUGUAAAUCUUCCGGAGCCAAUUGUAAAGAGUGGAUGCAAAAAAUAUAAUUUACCAACUACUAUAUAUACUAUUUUUGUAAGCCAUUGUUGUUUAAACAACAACCUCAACAAGUCUGAAAAAUUCAAUGUGCAGACGUUCGAGAGAUAUUACGAGAUUCAAAACUUAACAUCAUUUACAGAGUACAAGUUGAAGUUUACUUUAAGCAAUUUUUACUUUGAUCAAUUAUCAAUAAAUCCAUUCGAUUCGAACGUGACACGAAUAAAAACUAAUUUGGGCAAACUUAAUGUACCAGAAAAUGUAAGUGUUUUAGCUUUGACGCCUACUAUAGCAGUAGUUUAUUGGAUGCCACCCAAAAAAUUGAAUUGUGUGGUUGUGACCUAUGAAGUGCAUUGGAAGUUAGUGAACGACAAGCAACAAGAGAAUAAACAAAUUAUCAAUGUGCCGAAACGUGUGGCAGACGGCAGAUAUUUCACAAAGAUUAACUUGUCGCUACCAGUACAAGAUUUCUUGAUAUACGUGCGUGUGUAUCCAAGUAAUUUCAGCGAUUUUUACAACGAGAGUAAAAAAAAGAUCGAUCUCAUAUACUUAGAACCAAACAAUAUUACUAUGAGCGAGGUCAACACAAAUAGCAUGAACAUUUCUUGGAUCUCAAACAUCAAUCUGACGAUCUCUUCUGCACUAGAGUACAAAAACGUUUCAACAGAAAAAUGGCAAACAACGAAUGAUAUCAGAAUGAAUUAUAACGAAGAAGUAAUAUACCAUAUCAAAAAUUUACAAUCGGGAACUUUAUACCAGUUUCGCUUGAUAUUGAGAUACCUCGAAUAUGAGGAAACUUUUACAUGGCCGUCUGAUGAAAGAUUUAUUUUUUCAACACGUGAUACUUCAGACACUCCUCGAAUAAUAGCGAAAACAUAUUACUCAUUGAUGUCAGGUUUUAUCGUUAUAGUUAUUAUAAUCUGCCUCUGCUACUUUUAUUGUUUGUGUCGUCAACGCAGAAGUAAUAAUGAACAAUUUUUGUCUUCAACAAUGACCGAUGAUAUAGAAUUGGGGAUGCUACAUGAAGUAUUUUGCCAAUACACUCGAUUCAAUACGAAUUACAGUCCUAUGUUACACUAUAAUCCGGAUGAAUGUGCGAUAACUGAAAUUGCACGUAAACAGAUUAUAUUUGGAAAAAUUAUUGGUAGCGGCGCAUUCGGAGAGGUGUAUCAAGGAAAUGUGAAAAACUUAGAAAGUUCGGGCACAGAGAUAUCCAUUGCAAUAAAAACGCUUCGGAAAGAUGCUUCUUCCGAUGAGGAAAAGAGAUUGUUAAAGGAAGCCAAGCUUAUGAAUCGUUUUCGACACAAACAUAUAUUAAGAUUGUUGGGCGUUUGUUUAGAUGGGAUUUCACCAUUUCUAAUAUUGGAAUUGAUGGAAACUGAUCUGUUAAAAUAUUUGAGAGAUUGUCGAAAUUUGGAAGCGUCAGAUUCGCACGCUCUGCGUUUGCAAGAUUUGUUCGCCAUGUGCGAAGAUGUUGCGCAAGGUUGUUGCUACUUGGAAGAAUUGCGUUUCGUACAUAGAGAUCUAGCGUGUCGCAAUUGUUUAGUAUCUUCGAGAAAUCGCGAGAAUCGUAUUGUCAAAAUUGGAGAUUUUGGAUUAGCUAGAAAUAUCUACAACGAUGAUUAUUAUCGCGUGAGAGGAGAAGGUUUGCUUCCUGUUCGCUGGAUGGCACCCGAAUCUUUGAUGAUCAGAAUAUUUACUUCUCAAAGCGAUGUUUGGUCAUUUGGUGUUUUAAUGUGGGAAAUUACAUCAUUAGGUGAACAACCUUAUGUUGACAAGACUAAUGAGGAAGUGAUAAUUUAUGUACUUGCUGGAAACAGGUUGCCGAUGCCUCUUAACUGUCCGUCCGCAUUGUACCAGUUGAUGCUACGUUGCUGGAGUUCAGCGGAUGCUAGACCAAAUUUCGGAUUUUGUCUGAAAAAUAUUAUAGCAUUGCGAAAGAACAUAGAAGAUGCCGUACUGAGUCCAGUCAAUAUUCUUUAGCCGAUAUAAUUAAAUUAAUGUUUAUUUUCUUUUCCGAAUGAUUCGAUAAAUCUUAAUGUAGGAAAAAUAUAUAGA